GGCGGCGCCCUGUGUGAGGAAGGCGAAGCGGCUUCUGCGGCUCAUUCAUCCGCUUAGCGGCUCCACGGUGCGGUUCGCGGGCGGAGCGGCGGCGACGGCGGAGAGCUCCGCCCCUCUCGACCGCAUCUUCUCUGGGAUCCAACCCACAGGUAUCCCGCACCUAGGCAACUACCUGGGUGCUCUGGAGAGUUGGGUGAACCUGCAGGACCGUCACAGCUCGGUCCUCUACAGCAUCAUGGACCUGCACUCCAUCACGGUCCCCCAGGACCCGACCGCGCUGCGCCACAGCAUCCUGGACAUGACCGCGAGCCUGUUGGCCUGCGGCAUCGACCCGUCGCGGACCGUCCUCUUCCAGCAGUCUCACGUGCCUGGACACGCCACGCUCAGCUGGAUCCUGGGCUGUCGCACCAGCAUGCCGCGUCUGCGACAUCUCCCACAGUGGAAGAUGAAGAGCCGGCAGAGGAACGAGGGCUACGUGGGGCUGUACACCUACCCCGUCCUGCAGGCCGCCGACAUCCUGCUCUACCGGUCCACCCACGUCCCCGUUGGAGAGGACCAGGUUCAGCAUUUGAAACUGGCUCGGGACGCGGCUCGCAUAUUCAACCACCACUACGGGCCCUUCUUCCCCGAGCCGCAAGCGCUGCUCAGCCCCACGAGUAAGGUGAAGUCCCUCAGAGACCCCGCGGUUAAGAUGUCCAAGUCGGACCCGCAGCGUCUGGCCACGGUUCUCCUCACGGACUCCCCGGAGGACGUGGCGCUCAAGUUCCGCAAGGCGGUCACCGACUUCGCGUCCGAGGUGACCUUCGACCCCGAGGCCCGGCCCGGCGUGUCCAACCUGGUGGCGAUCCACGCGGCGGUGCUGGGCGGCACCGUGGAGCAGGCUGUGGCGCAGGCGCGCGGACUCGACACGGCGCAGUACAAGCAGGUGGUGGCCGACGCGGUCAUCGAGAGGCUGCGGCCCGUGCGGGACGAGAUCCUGCGGCUGCGGCGCGAGCCGGGCUACCUGCGCUCCGUGCUGGAUGAGGGAUCCCGCCGCGCCCGCGAACUCUCCGCCCCCGUCCUCCGCCGGGUCUACCAGCUCGUGGGAUUCUCGUGAGCGCGGUGCCGCUGCGGUCCGGAGGAGGAACGCCUGCUCACGUGACCCUAGUGGACAAUAUUAUUAUUAUUAUUAUUUUUUUCAUUGUUUCCAUUCAUUUUUCCGUUAAAGGUUCA